AUGAAUCUCUUCCGUCUGGUGGGCGACAUGGCGCACCUGGCGAGCUUCCUGGUGCUGCUGCUCAAGCUGCUGGCCUCUCGCUCGGCCAAUGGCAUCUCGCUCAAGACACAGGAGCUCUUCUUCCUCGUGUUCCUCACGCGCUACGUCGACCUUUUCCUCUACUUUGUGAGCCUGUACAACACGAUCAUGAAGCUGCUCUUUCUGCUCUUUUCGGGCGCCAUCAUCUACGUCAUCCGGGUCAAAGAGCCAUUCCGCAGCACGUACGACAAGUCGCACGACGCCUUUUUGCACGUCAAGUUUGCUGUCUUGCCCUGUGCGCUGCUGGCGCUCGUGUUCAACGAGCAGUUUGAGGUCAAGGAGAUCCUGUGGACUUUCUCCAUCUACCUCGAAGCCGUCGCGAUCAUCCCGCAGCUCAUUCUGCUGCAACGUCACGGAGAAGUCGAGAACCUCACGGGCAACUAUGUGGUUCUGCUCGGAAUCUAUCGCGGAUGCUACGUAGUCAACUGGAUCUAUCGCGCUGCGACCGAGGCGUCGUACCACUUUAUUUGGCUCAUGUUUAUCGCCGGUAUGGUGCAGACAGCACUCUACGUGGACUUUUUCUACUACUACGCUGUCAGCAAAUACCACGGCGAGAAGAUGACGUUGCCCUCGUAG